AAGGAAGAGGAAAUCCAAGGUGGGGGAGAGAGAAGCAGAGGCUGCUGGAAGCCAAGAGGGGAAAAGCUGGGCAGGAUCCCUCUUUGGGAGUGGAUUUGCAGCUUUCUUUGCCUGGAAACUUCGCAGGAAACGGUCUGAUUGCCGCGACGGAAAGGCUCCGGUAGCAGCUGGUGUUUCUCCUGGGAAACCUUGAAAUUGCCACCUCCGGACGUGGAAACUACCAUCCUCGAUUUCCUCUGCCUCACUUCAAGUGUCCAGAAGACAUACCGCUUUGACUCUCAUAAGCUCAUCCCCCCAAAAUCUUGUCAGUCUUCAAGGGGCUACCUGACACGGAUCUAGCUUAAAAGACACGCUGGCUCCUGGAAUAAUUCUCCUGCAAGAUCAUCCAGGAAACCUGCUUUCCCUGGCUUUCAAAACCUUGAAAUUUGCACCUUUCCAAACAAAUAAAAACCAGCACCAACCCACGGUCUCUCCUCCGGCUCUGAAAGGUUCUUGAAGGAACCUCCAUGUUUGUGUUCCCGGCUUGACACUUCGCAUCCCGUUGCGGUUUUCACCUUGGCAGGGCUGUUUCUGAAAAAGAACAAGGAAUAAAAUGAGCCCGCAAUGACUGGUAGCUUUUCCUCCGCUACACGCUGGGACACGGAUCUCCACCAGGCUGGGAAGUCUUUAGAGAUUCAAGUCAAGCCACUGGUUUUGCCAAUGCCUUACUCGUUCCACUCCUCCCUCGAACCUGCUGACUGGCGAUCGAGCUGAGGCCGCCCCCACCUCGCAAUGGACUUCGGCCCCUAUGCAAGCAUGCAGGUCGGGAUGCGGGUGGUCCGUGGCCUGGAUUGGAAAUGGGGCAACCAGGACAACGGCGAAGGGAACGUCGGGACAGUGGUGGAGAUUGGCCGGCAAGGCAGCCCAACCACGCCGGAUAAGACCGUGGUAGUACAGUGGGACCAAGGAACCCGCACGAACUAUCGGACGGGAUUCCAAGGAGCGCAUGACCUUCUGUUGUACGAUAACGCCCAAAUAGGUGUGCGGCACCCCAACAUUAUCUGUGAUUGCUGCAAGAAACACGGGAUCCGUGGCAUGCGCUGGAAGUGCAAGAUCUGCUUCGAUUACGACCUGUGCAUGCUGUGCUACAUGAACAACAAGCAUGACCUCGCCCACGUGUUUGAGCGGUACGAAACUGCCCACUCGCGACCAGUCACUGUGACUCCACGGCAGAACUUGCCUCGCGUGACCUUAAGGGGGACUUUUCAAGGAGCUAAAGUGAUCCGGGGCCCCGACUGGGAAUGGGGUAACCAAGAUGGAGGCGAGGGCAAAACCGGGCGAGUCAUUGACAUCCGUGGCUGGGACGUGGAGACCGGGCGGAGCGUGGCCAGUGUCACGUGGGCUGACGGCACCACGAACGUGUACCGAAUCGGACACAAAGGAAAGGUGGACCUGAAGUGCAUUGUGGAGGCGUCUGGAGGUUUUUACUAUAAAGAACAUCUCCCUAAAUUAGGGAAGCCCGCGGAGUUGCAGAAGAAGGAGAGUACAGAGAGGCACCCGUUCCAACACGGUGACAAGGUGAAAUGCCUCCUGGAUAUCGACAUUCUGCGAGAGAUGCAAGAAGGACACGGGGGCUGGAACCCGAAAAUGGCCGAGUUCAUUGGGCAAACAGGCACCGUGCACAGAAUCACGGAUCGAGGAGACGUCAGGGUGCAGUUCAAUACUGAUAUCCGCUGGACGUUCCAUCCAGGAGCUCUGACCAAGCUCAACACCUUUUGGGUUGAUGAUGUUGUCCGGGUGAUAGAUGAUAUGGAAACGGUCAAGCAGUUGCAAGCAGGUCACGGGGAAUGGACGGACGAGAUGGCUGCCACCCUCGGGCACAUUGGCAAGGUGAUCAAAGUCUUUGGAGACGGGGACUUGCGGGUUUCUUUCGCAGGCCAGUCCUGGACCUUCAACCCUGCCUGCCUGACGGCCUAUCAACGAGAAGAGGAUGCCAACCUCAUGACCAUCGAGGACGCGAAGGAAUCUAAAAGCACCUUGCUCUCUGUGCUGGGAAGGCUGCUGUCGCAGAAAAUUGAACUGGACAGUCCAGGCCGCCUGGUUAUAGAGGCCGCCCAUGGGAACGUCAGCAAAGUCCGGGAUUUGGUUCAGAAAUAUUCUGACAAGGUCGAUAUAAAAAACCAGGGCAGAACGGCACUGCAGGUGGCCUCUUACCUGGGCCAGGUGGAAGUGGUGAAGGUCUUGUUGCAGGCCCAUGCCAACAUCAACCUGCGGGAUGAAGAAGGGGACACGGCCCUCCACUAUGCAGCCUUCGGAAACCAAGCCGAGGUGUCCCACCUGCUUAUCAGCAAAGGUGCCAAUCCAGACCUCUUGAACAACGUCAAGUGUACGGCCCUGUACAUUGCGGUCAACAAAGGCUUCACGGAAGUUGUGCAGGCCAUGUGCGAACACAGCUGUGACGUCAACCUGCCGGAUUCGUUCGGCGACACCCCUCUCCAUUAUGCCAUCACUGCCAACUUCAAAUGCAUCAUUGAGACCCUCACAGAAGUCCCCACUAUCGAUUUCACCAUCCCAAACCGGCAAGGAUUCAACCUGCUACACCAUGCAGCCCUGAAAGGAAACAAAAUAGCCAUCAAGAAGAUCCUGGCAAGAGCCCGGCAGCUGGUAGAUGCCAAAAAGGAAGACGGCUUCACAGCGUUACACCUGGCUGCCCUGAACAACCACAAGGAAGUGGCCGAGAUCCUAAUCAAAGAGGGUCGUUGUGAUGUGAACCUCAAGAACAACCGCAACCAGACGCCCCUCCACUUGGCAGUCACGCAGGGCCACAUGGAGAUGGUGCAGCUGCUGGUGAGCCAUGGGUUAGCGUCCAUCUAGCGCCCGAAGGCGAGGGCCGGAGACCGCGACCAUGCACAUUGUCCCCCUUGAGAGAGGCAGAACCUGAUGUCCAUCAUGGCUGACGACCAGCCGGACAAUGAAGGCAGCCUCAUUGCCAAGCUGCAGGCUUCUGGUUUCCUGGGCAACGUUGAGCUGAACGUCGGGGCAGCUAUUGCGUGCUAUUUAGCACAAGAAGGGGCGGAUAUCAACUACGCCAACCACCGGGGCAAGUCCCCCCUCGACCUGGUCAUGGAUGGAAGCAUCGUUCAGCUGAUCAAGAACUUCUCCCAAAAAUACAGGGAUCAGCAAGACUCCUCGGAGAGUUCCGCAGUGACGUGCAGCCUGCGGCGAGUCCACACGACCCCCAACACCAUGACCAACCUCAGCGUGGCAAAGGUGGCCGCCCCUUCGGAGUGCCUGGUCUGCUCGGAGUUGGCUUUGCUGGUCCACUUCUAUCCCUGCCAGCACAGCAUUGUUUGUCCUGAAUGUUCCAGGAGAAUGAAGAGAUGCAUCAAAUGCCAAGUGACGAUAACCAAGAAGGUCAAGCAAGACAGCACAGAAGUGGAAUGCAGCCCCGGCUCAGAAUCGACGGAUCAGCAAAAACUCAUGGAGGACCUCCAGAACCGGUACCGGCAAAUGGAGGAGCGCAUCACGUGCCCAAUCUGUAUCGACAACCAAAUCAAACUGGUCUUCCAGUGCGGGCACGGCUCGUGCCUGGAGUGCAGCGACUCCCUGGCGGUGUGCCCGAUCUGCCGACAGACUAUCCGCGAACGGAUCCAGAUUUUCGUUUGAGGGCGGCUCCUCGGCUUCUCUGCCCUCACCCCCGCCCCCGCCCUGCAAAAAACUUUGGAUUCGAUUUUUAUUUUUCUGAAGAACCAUGACCGGCCUAACAUGUUUAUAGCGAACUGUGUUGAAAAUGGAGGGGUGUGUGUGUGUUGUCUUAGCAAGUGAAAAGAGCCCGGGUGCUCCACACAGCCACGUUUUUGUUUUGGACAAGUAGAACAGCCCAAGAUGGCGGACUUGAUAGAGCAAGGAUUGCCUGUUAAGGCCAAAACAUGGGCCCCGCCGUCCUUUGGCGGAGUUUAUUUCUUUUCACAGCCUUACCCAGCUUCAGAAGGAGAAAAAUUACAUUGCGUCCAAAGGCGGCAGCUGUCUUUCAGUUCCGUGAGAAACCGAUACUCUUGCACUUUAAAAGGCGGAGUGUUACUGGACUCCGCCCUUCUCAUGGAGGGGAGGGUCCAAGGAGGGACAUUUUUGCCCAACCAAACUUUUUUUUUUUUGAGGUUAUGGAAGUCCCCAAAUUGCUGAAAUGUGAUGAGCAAAGAUGGACAGAGGUGGCCCGUUUGUGUGGGUGGGUGAGGUACGAGUGUGCCUUUCAGGUAAAGUAGUGAAUGUUUCUUGGUGAAAAUAUAACACGGCAACAGAAAUAUUCUUCUUA